AUGGCUUUAACGCCUGCUGAAAAGCAGCGACGUUAUAGGGAACGACGCAAAAAGGAUCCUGAAAAAGAAGCUGCAAAUAAAAGAAAAGACCUCGAAAGAUACCAUGCAAAGAAACGUUUAGUGAAAAAUUUAACGUCACGGGAACACCGAGCAAUAAAAAAAAAAUGGCGGGCUGCAAAUGCCAGACGGAGGGACCGGGCCAAGGCUCUUCGUGUAGUAAUGCAUACUCCAGAAUCUUCACCAGGAAUUAUGACUCCACGUUCACGUACUCCAACUCCGCUGGGUCCAAACCAAGUUCUGCCACGAGUUCUACCGUCGAAUCGCCGUUUAUCAACCCCUCAACUAUUGACUCCCCAUGAAAGUAGCCCUGGUUCAACGACAUCUGCAGCAAAACGGGGCCGGAAACAAGUAAAAAGAAACAGAACAAAACUGUUUAGAGAAAAUCAAAGAUUAAAAGAAAAAAUUGAAGAAAUAAAUAAAAAAUAUGAAAAAUACAAGAAGAGAUAUAAUAGAGGAAAACAAAAAGGGUCGAAAAAAGAAAGCGAUAAUUGUAAAAGUCAAGAUAAGUAUAACAUAUUGGCGAAAGCUAUUAAAAAACGUUACGAAAAAGUUAAAAGUCGGAAAGAAAAGAUAGCUAUCCAAAAAAUAUUUGAGGAGAAGGAAGUUAAAUGUUCUAGAAAGAAAAUGCAAAUAAUAAAAGAGUGCUUGAAUGUGGAUCAAGGUUACAUAAGAAAGGAAAAACCAAAGCUGAGGAAAAAAGUUAUAAGUGACAAAAUUAAAGAUUUUUUUAAUCGUGAUGAUGUAUCGAGAGCAACUGCGGCAAAAAAAGAAACCGUUACCCAUAAGAAAAAUAAAAUGCAAAAACGUUACCUACUAGACAGCAUGAAGAACCUCUUUGCUUCGUUUAAACGAGAAAAUCCUGACAUGAAAUGCUCCUACACUACUUUUACUCGAUGCAGACCGUUUUAUGUAAUACUUCCUACUGUUGCUGGAAGAGAAACAUGUUUAUGUCGAUUGCACACAAACGUUCAGUACUUGGCUAUUGCAUUGUGUAAAAAUAAAGUAAUUCCGACCUCAGAUUUAAAUAAAAUUACAAAAGAACAAACAUGCGGUGAAAAUUUACUAGCUUGCAUGACAGGACUGUGCUCUGAAUGUUAUUUGAAGAAAAUUGAAUAUGAUAGUACAAAGGAUGACUUAAUAGUAAAGUAUAUUCAGUGGGAAAGGAAAAAUGAAAUUGUAGAGAAGCUGGGAAAAAAAUACAAAGUUACUAAAAACAUAAAAGAAGAAAAGCAGAGUACUGUAAAAUCUUUAAUAGAUGUAUUUAAAUUUCAACUCCAAGAGUUCAAGAGGCACGUUUAUUACAUAAAGUCACAAUACAGAAACUACAGAGCUUGUAUAGACGAAUUGUCCGAAAAUGAAGUAGCAUUACAUGUUGACUUCAGUGAGAAUUACAGCUGUAAAUAUUUCGAAGAAAUACAGGCCUAUCAUUUUGGAGGUUCACGAAAUCAAGUAUCUUUACACACUGGAGUCAUAUACCUGCGAAGUUCAGAUAAUAAAAUAGAGGUGUCAUCCUUCUGCACCGUUUCAGGUAAUGUAACUCACAAUCCAGCUGCAAUCUGGGCUCACCUCCAUCCCAUCUUAUCUUAUAUUCAAGAAAAUUAUACAGAAGUAAAAAUCAUACAUGUGUUCUCAGAUGGGCCUGCCUCACAGUACCGGCAAAAACAAAAUUUUUAUCUAAUUUGCAAUAAAUUUUUCUCUGAAUAUAACUUCUAUAGAGUUACAUGGAAUUUUUUCGAGGCAGGGCACGGCAAAGGUGCAGCAGAUGGAGUUGGUGGCUUUUUGAAGCGCACUGCUGAUCAACUUGUCGCACGUGGACAGGAUAUUGCUGAUGCCUCAAUGUUCUAUUCUGCUUUAAAGGAUAUUAGUAAAAUAAAAAUGCAUUUUAUUACUGACGAAGACAUUAAUAUAUGGUCCAUGGAGAUUCCAGAUAAUGUUUUACCAUUACCUGGCACCAUGAAAGUCCACCAGGUGUUCACUGAAGAGAAAGGAGUUCUCAAAUAUAGAGACUUGAGCUGUUUCUGCAGGCGCGGCUUUUGUUCUUGCAUGGAUCCCAAAGAAUACCGUCCACUAAAACCCGUGGAUAAAAAAUCAAGCUCUGAUGAAUGUGAACCAGAUUUUAUGAAAGAAAUAGGCAACUUAGUCCAUACACAAAGAAAGCCAUUCUAUAACACUGUCUACGGUUCUGACACUGAUGAUGAUAUCCCUUUAUUAACAGUGAAGGACAACUUUUCACUUGGACAACCCAGUACAUCAAAAGGAAUUGAUAACGAUGCUUUGAUAGAAAAGGAAAAUAUUCAUAUUGUUAAAAUAAAACAUGAUCUAUGGACGAUACUGCAAAAAAAAUUUAGACUGAUUGAGACCGAUGUGUCUUACGAGCCUUUUGAAAAUUUAAUUGCAAUCGUCCCAGACCCAAAAAAAGUAUAUAAAGGCAAAAGAGUAUACUACCAGUUUGACUCUCCAUUAGAAAUAUUUGAGAAGUAG